GCAGUAUAGGUAAUCUAGCCUGCAAAAAAGAAGCUUAAUUAUUUAUUAUGUUAAAGCGGGGAAGAGCAGCGUUGGAAUAAUCUUGUCUCUUGCUGUGUUGAUCAAUUACAUAUUUAUAGUGAAGAAGGGCGAGAGCGAGUGAAGGUGGAUGGUUUUUCAGUGAUGGAUCACAGGUACGCGUUUUGCGUCUGCUCUUUAUUUUAAAUCGUUUCCAGGAAUUGCAUUUUGUACACAUCUUUAAUGGGACUACAGCCUUUGCACCUCCACUAAACUGCAUGCUGUUUGAGCUAAAGGCGAGGAUCCUCAUCGUUAUCAUCCAUCGUGGCUUGAGAAGAGGAGGAGGAAGGAGCAGCGCCAGUCUGCAACUCACCGCUUCCAGUAAAUCAAACAGAAUAAGGGCUAUCUGAGAAUACACGGACUGUGCAGUGGUGUAGCUGCUGUGGACUGAAGGUGAGGUCAACUGUUGCGCAAUGAUGACGGGCAAAUCUGUGAAAGACGUCGACCGAUAUCAGUCGGUGCUCAACUCUUUGCUGGCGUUGGAGGAGAACAAAUUCUGCGCGGACUGCGAAUCAAAAGGUCCGAGAUGGGCGUCGUGGAAUUUGGGCAUCUUUAUUUGCAUAAGAUGCGCCGGUAUCCAUCGAAAUCUCGGGGUCCACAUCUCCAAAGUCAAGUCCGUCAACCUGGACCAGUGGACGCAGGAGCAGGUCCAGUGUGUUCAGGAGAUGGGAAACGCCAAGGCCAAGCGUCUCUACGAGGCGUUCCUGCCAGAAUGCUUCCUGCGGCCUGAGACGGACCAGUCUGCAGAGAUCUUCAUAAGGGACAAGUACGACAAGAAGAAGUACAUGGAUCGCGUCAUUGACAUCCAAAUGCUCAGGAAAGAAAAGAGCUGUGAGAACAUCCCCAAAGAGCCUGUUGUGUUUGAGAAAAUGAAACUGAAAAAAGACGUCAGCCCAAAGACAGACUCUCAAGGUGUUACGGACUUGCUUGGAUUAGAUGCUCCAAGUCCGGCAGUGUCCAAUGGGGUGCAAAACACUACUAAUGAGAGUCCAGCGGGUUCUAACCCUGCACACUCUGCCUUGGAUCUCUUCAGUACCCUCUCAGAUCCUUCCACUUCCUCCUCAAAGAACAUAGCUGCCUCCACCUUCUUGCCUCAGAGCAGAGUGACCGCCUCUGUGCCUGAAAACCUCAGUCUCUUCCUGGACCCGGCACCCAAAAAGGCAGAAGGUGCAUUCAAGAAGCUGUCCAAGGACUCGAUUCUCUCCCUGUAUGGCUCCACCCCCUCAGUGCAUUUCAGCAGCAUGGCGGCUAAUCACGGUUUGUAUAUGAACCAAAUCGGAUACCCGACACACCCGUACGGUUCUUACCAUUCCUUAGCUCAGGCUGGUGGGAUGGGCGGAGCCAUGGUGAUGUCACAGGUCGCUAUGAUGGGCCAGCAGCAGAACAGCAUGAUGGGAGUCCAACAGAACGGCUUGAUGACGACUCAACACGGCUCACCUUACGUAGAAGGGAUGGCGGGACAGCAGCAAAACGCGAUGAUGGUGCCACAGCAGAACGGCGUGAUGGGACGGCAGCAAAGUGGAUUAAUGAUGCAGCAGCAGCAGAGCGCUGGCGUGAUGGGACAUCCCCAGCAGCAAAUGUUUGGAGCUCAGCAGCAGCAGCAGCAGUGGAGCGUUGCACAGAUGACUCAGCAUAUGUCCGGCAUGAAUCUCUACAACACCAACGGCGCGAUGGCGUACAGCGGUCAACCCACAGGAGGCGCCAUGGCCCCAAGUUCAGCGCACAUGACGGCACAUGUGUGGAAAUAGUCCCAAACAAGACUUGUGGGUUUGACUCUGGUGAGCUUUUUCUAAUACAAGGAGGAGGAGGAGGAGACCAGAAUAAGACAAAGUACAACUACCUCUUCCUCUCUCCUGAGUCAACUUCCUGCCUCGGCCACGCUUCACUAAAGUCAACGCUUGCCUUCGGAACAUUCCGUCAAUGCAGCAACAGGGUCAGAGACGCACGUGGAUGGAUGUUAUUUGUCUUGGUGCACAGAUUUGUUUUUUAUUAUGUGCAUUGAUUUUUGACGACAAAGUGUCAGGGCCACAUAAAAAGCAAAUAAUAAUCGGAGAUUACGAGAAUAAAGUCGUAAAUUUCCAGGGGGGGAAAAAGUCGUACAUUUACGAGAAAAAAGUCGUAAAUAUACGGGAAUAAAUUCGUAAAAUUUACGAGAAAAAAGUCGUAAGUUCACGCGGGAAAAAAAGUCAUAAUAUUACGAGAAUAAAGUCGUACGUUACGUGUCAUCGUGUCGUUUCCUCUUCCAUCAGGCAAGCUUUUAUUUAUUUUAUUAGCGGUUGAGCACAAACAGAUUAGCAUGUCUCGCCCUUGUCACUUCCGCCGUCUUUACCCCGCCCCUUCCGCGUGCCCAAGGCCAAAGGUGCCUGCAACAUAACGUUCCGACUUUAUUCUCGUAAAUUUACGACUUUAUUCUAGUAAUAUUAAGAGUUUUUUCUCAGAAAUGUACGACUUUAUUGUCGGAAAUGUACGACUUUAUUCUCGAAAUCUCCGAUUAUUUUAAUACUUCGUCGUAACAUGCAUUGCCUGAGACAGCUAUGUAAAGGGCGGACUUAUGUGACCUUGGGCAAAGGUAAUAUUCCGACUUUUCCUCUCUCGUAAAUUCAAAACGUUUUCUCUGGUAAAUUUACGACUUUAUUCUCGAAAUCUCCGAUUUUCCUUUUUUUUUUGCAAUGGGGCCCUAAUACUCGGUCGUAAUUUGCUCCUCCUUCAAUUUUAAUGUAUUUAUAAUGUUUUUAAAUGAAGUGUAAUUUAACAUCUUUCCCACGACCCCACUUAAAUUGUACGAUGUCCGACGGGAUACGCUCAUUUUGUUCGUGUGUUGUUGCCGGGCAGGUUAUGCAACAUUUCCUGUUCAUAUUAAUGAGUUAGCCGGCACAUCACAGGCAUGCGUUAUAGCUUAACACACAAAGAAUUCUUUCGGCUGAUCUCAUGCUAAAAAUGUCAAAUAAAUGAGUUUCAAUAUAAAUAAAAGCUUGAGUUAAAUAUAGCUCAAGUUAAAUUAGCACCAAUCGGUCAACAUUGGCAACGUUUAUCUCAUGUUUAAGCCUUAAGAGGUCCUUCAUAAAUUCUUUACCAUUUGACCCUAAUAACAAAAAAUGUCACCUUCCAAAAAACUGCUGUGAAAAUAUCAUAUAUUUAUCUUUUUUUUCCCACGAUAAAUACGUCAAUCUUCUAACGCUUUAAAGGCCAGUGUGUUUUCGUAACUUUUCAUUACAUGAAGGCAUAAUUGAAUGUUAUUUUUAUUACAAUGAUUGGCAGCAACAUUCAUUUUUUCCUUCAGUGUCAAAACAAAAUUCACUCUUUGAGGUCCUCGGGGCCAAAAAAUAUGGCAGCUUCCCAAAAACCGCUGUAAGAGAUGGUAACUUACUAGGUGUCAGUAAUGUUCCUGUAAUCUUUGGUGAGACACACAAGCACCAGACUUGACUGCUGGGACAACAGGUUUUUAUUUGGCCACAAAUUACAGCGUUGAAUUACAGCGUUCCCUCGCCACAUCGCGGUGUACCUUUUGCGGAUUCUUGCGUAUUUUUUAACAGAGCGUUGUGUUCUGUGUCCUUGUGGCGUAUUAGAGCGCUCUAUCGGUGCUCUGUUGUAUGUGUCUGUUAUUGUAUUUACCACUGCUACCAGUAGAGGGCGUUGUAUACUCAUGUUGGAGACGUGUACAGUUCCACUUGUCUCAGUAUGUGUUUACGUGCCUGUAUAAGCAUAUUAGAACCCACAGUAGACAAUAUAAAUAUUGAUAUAAAUAUAAAUAUAUAUAUACCAGUCCUUAUUGGCUAAGGGAAAACCCUUAGCCAAAAGUAUUGUGUCCUGCGUCCUGAUUUGACUGUAGGCUGUUGUCAAUCAAUCUCCUUUGUGCUGUUGCUAGCAAACUAGCGAACUGUAUGAGCUGCUUGCUAACCGGCAAUAAACAAUAGAAGAGGAAGAAGCAGCAGCUAACCGGCUAAAUGAAUCUUAGGUUCAAGGAGUAGGACGAGGAGGCCGACGACGGCAGGAGCAAUUUGCUUUAACAAGGAUACAGCUGAACGGCGCCAGGACGAGGCACGGUCAGAGCAGUGCAUACGCGCGAGUCACUUAAUAAUUUACUGUGUCCAACCUAGUAGACCGAUCAUUAAAAUUCGAAAAGAAAAACAGCCUAUAUAAUAGUUGUAAACAAAUAAAGUUGCCUAUUCGCGGAUUUCACUUAUUGCGGGCUAUUUUGGGACUCUAUCCCCCCGCGAUAAACAAGGGAACACAAGGGAGGCACAAUAAUCCCUAACAUGUUCUACUGUUACGGCCGUAACCCACACCACCCUAAAACUCAACACUGAACCCCCGACAUCUCUUCCUGUCCAUGCCAACGCAUUUAGAGCAACACACACAAGCACAAGUCCUUUUUUAUGUCUUAAAUGUCUUAUUUUCUGUUAUUACAUCAACUAUAUUGGGUAAUACGAGUGUGAAGGUGACUACAGGGGUGUUAUUUCAUGUCUAGAGGGCUCUCGUAAUGUUAAAAAACAUAUUUAGAAGGUCGUAAACAGAUUUUCUGUGCUCUAACUGAAAAUAUUGCUAGCUUACUAGUCCUACUGUAUAUUCAUUCAACACAGCCACAAUGCCCACAGGAUCUCUUAAGGGUUUUAAACUCCACGCACCACAAAGCUACGUUCCGACAUUUAUACUGUCUUUCUAGUCAGACUGCUACCGAAAUACUGAAAUUCCAACAUCUUCUGCUUCAUGCGCACAGCACUUCCUCUCAAAAUCAACAUCUGCAGUACACAAGAGACCUAAACUGGAUUUUCUUUUGGCAGACCAAAGAUAAAGCCUAUAGCUUUUGGAGGAUCGUAUAGUAUUCCAAUAUGUUGUUGUGCAUCAGUGUCGUGCAUCAUUCACUUCUUUUAUAGCAUUUUUUGCUCUCGUAGGACGAAAACUGGGGCAUCACUGUGCGCUUAAAACACACGACUUGCAUGUAAAGAAACACACAGAAUGUGACGUUGUGCGGUGAAAGCCGGGACUGAUGCUGAAUGUCUGUAAAUAAAAGGUUCCACUGGAGGUCGGGAUGAUAUCAGACGCUUCCGGUGAACUGCAUGAAGAGAAUGUUUUUCCAGUGAUUGUGUGUCCUCCUGUCCUUUUGUUGGCUUCGAUGUGUCAAUGGAGGCUAUGAAAACAGAAAAUGAUGCUUUUUUUUCCCCUCAAAUUUUAUAUCAAUUUGCAUCUUUGGAAUGUCUGUUGUUUCCUACGCAACUUUACUAGCACUUUUUGGGGUUUUUUUAAGCAAACAUCAUUAAAUACAUGAUUCUGUUUGGAUUUUUCCCCCACUCACGAAAUGCAUGAAGUCAUGAUUGUAAAACUCGAAUUCUGAAUGUUUGACAUCAGUGAUCACGAGGACAAAAAUGAUGAAAAAUGUGUUAUCUGUGUGACUUUUGUUGGUAAAACACAAGCAAAUAGAGGAAUGUAUUAUUUGUCAUACUUGUCUAUCAAUGUAAUGUUAUAUAUAAAUUGGAUGUUAUGGUUCUCAGAUGAUAUUUAUGUUUUUUUCCCCACAUGCUUUGCCUGUCAGAUUUCAUAAUUACCUUCACAAGAAUGUGUGUAAGAUAAGAUAUACGUCUCUGUGGGAAUAAUGAAGAAUAA